GGGGCGGCCAUGGACGCCCCCGCCCGACCGUGGCCGCUGCCGCUGGGCACUUACGCGGAGGAGCGGGAGGUCUUCCGUCUCUUUCAGAACAUGCUUGAAGAACUAUUAAUUCAUAAGCCAGAUGAUCCCAUUCAGUUUAUGAUAGACCAUUUAAAGCAAAACAACGAUGAUGCUCCAAGAAUUUGUGUACUUGGACCACCUGCUUCUGGGAAAACUACAGUUGCAAUGUGGCUUUGUAAACAUUUCGAUGCCAUACGUAUCUCUCAGGAGACUUUGUUAUUCAAGGAAGUAUUAGCACUAACAGAGGAGGCAAAGGCAUAUAAAGAAAGAAAACAGAAAAUUCCCAACGCGCUUUGGGCCAAUCUGAUCCAAGAACGUCUGUCAAAUGUGGACUGCAUCAAACAAGGAUGGAUUUUGGAAGGCUUCCCUGAAAAUCAGGAACAGGCAUGGAUGCUGCAAUCAUCUGGCAUCAUUCCUAGGCAUGUUGUUGUGCUUUAUGCUCCUGACACUGUGCUGAUUGAGAGGAACAGCGGGAAAAGAUUUGAUCCCAUCACAGAAGAGGUGUACCAUACAACCUUUGACUGGCCAAGUGAUCCACUGGUACAGCAACGUUUGGUGAAACCAGAUCUGUCUGAGCAGGAGAUGUCAAAGAAACUGUUGGAAUAUCACAGAAACUUCCCUGAGGUUUUCCAGAUUUACCAAAAAGUUUUGAAACCAAUCAAUGCAGACCAGCCUUCAGUGGAUGUCUUCUCACAAGUUCUUACCUAUGUCCAAACACGGCAACGAUCAUCCGCCCCCUUUACACCACGGAUUCUUUUUUGUGGACCCCCAGGCAGCGGGAAGAGCCUGCAGGCAGCACUAAUAGCUCAGAAAUACGAUGUUGUCAAGAUUUGCUGUGGGCAACUGCUAAAGGAAGCUGUUGCAGAGAAGACAAAACUUGGAGAACUCAUUAAGCCUUAUAUCGACAAUGGAUACCCAGUCCCAGACAACCUUGUUAUGAAGAUCCUGGCAGAACGCCUGAACGCACUAGACUGCAUGACCAAUGGUUGGGUGCUUUAUGGCUUCCCAAGAGACAUAGAGCAGGGAGAACAGCUGCAGAAAUCACAUUUUAUUCCAAACAGUCUCUUUUUCAAGACUGUACUUCUGGCCUCCACCAAAUCAUAUGGGUAUUUUUCUUUAAUCUCUCCUAUGAAUCCAUCAUGGAACGACUGUCUCAGCGGAGGAUUGAUCCUGUCACUGGGGAAAGAUACCACACUACAUUCAGACCAGCACCCACCCCUGAGAUCCAGGCCCGUCUCAGGCAGAACCCUAGAGACAAAGAAGAAAAUAUUGAGAAUCGUGUGGAAACCUAUUACAGGAAUGUCAAGGAGCUGGAGGAUUUUUAUGAAGAUGCUUUUCAUGUCAAUGCUGACCAAGACCCUCAUGUUGUCUUUGAGUUCAUAGAAAGCUGUAUCAUUAAGCCUCUUCCAUGCAAAAAAUUAAAGAGCUUCUGAUUAAUAAGGAUGAUUUCUGGAACAGCUGAUUCUAAAGUUCUCCCUGUAAUGUUUGCAGUCUGGUAAGUGGCAGAUUAUCAGGAGUGACAAGGAGUCAGCCAAGCUGUGUUACAUUUGAAGCUCAUCAAGGCUGAGUGAAGUACAGAGAGUACAACAUUGUGCUUUAGGGGAAAUAUUUUCAGCUUUUGUUUUGUGAUCCAAGGUAUGAAGCACUGUG